AUGACAACUCUUGUUCCAGCAACCCUCUCCUUCCUUCUCCUCUGGACCCUGCCAGGGCAGGUCCUCCUCAGGGUGGCCUUGGCAAAAGAAGAAGUCAAAUCUGGGACCAAGGUGUCCCAGCCCAUGUCCCCCUCUGAUUUCCUGGACAAGCUUAUGGGGCGAACAUCUGGAUAUGAUGCCAGGAUUCGGCCCAAUUUUAAAGGCCCACCUGUGAACGUGACCUGCAACAUCUUCAUCAACAGUUUCAGCUCCAUCACCGAGACUACCAUGGACUACCGGGUGAACGUCUUCUUGCGGCAGCAGUGGAACGACCCACGCCUGGCCUACCGAGAAUAUCCUGAUGACUCGCUGGACCUCGAUCCCUCCAUGCUGGACUCGAUUUGGAAGCCAGACCUGUUCUUUGCCAAUGAGAAAGGGGCCAAUUUCCACGAGGUGACCACAGACAACAAGUUGCUGCGCAUCUUCAAGAAUGGAAACGUGCUCUACAGCAUCAGGCUGACUCUCAUUUUAUCCUGCCCAAUGGACCUGAAGAACUUCCCCAUGGAUAUCCAGACCUGCACGAUGCAGUUGGAGAGCUUUGGCUACACCAUGAAUGACCUCGUGUUUGAGUGGCUGGAAGAUGCUCUUGCUGUCCAAGUGGCUGAGGGGUUGACUCUGCCCCAGUUUGUCUUGCGGGAUGAGAAGGAUCUAGGCUAUUGUACCAAGCGCUACAACACAGGGAAAUUCACCUGCAUCGAGGUAAAGUUUCACCUGGAACGACAGAUGGGCUACUAUCUGAUUCAGAUGUAUAUCCCCAGCCUACUCAUCGUCAUCCUGUCCUGGGUCUCCUUCUGGAUCAACAUGGAUGCUGCCCCUGCCCGGGUGGGCCUGGGCAUCACCACUGUGCUCACCAUGACAACUCAGAGCUCCGGCUCCCGGGCCUCUUUGCCUAAGGUGAAGAGACAUGCAAGGGAACUUGCUUGCCAUAGAGUUCCCCAUUUCCCAUUCAUCCUGUUCCCUCCUGCUGACUAUUUUCCUUGGAUUUAA